AUAUCGUACAAAUGCCGUUCUCUUGAGAUAACAGACGAUAUGGAAAAAUGGUACAAUUCUAAACGACAGGAUCACGCGAAUAGAAGAAAUGCAGGGGAGGAGAUAUCGUUAGAAAACAAACUGAAGCAGUUUGAAGCACAGAAGAAAGUUAGCGAGAGGAACCUGGAUAUGGAGAUCAAAUAUGUAAUAGACAAGCAGCGGAGGUUGGGACACAGGACCUUCUGUCUUCCUCAAGAAUUAGACUUGGUUCCAGCUCCGGGCACCCCUCUCAAGAAACGUAUACUCAGGGCGGGGAAAAUAGACAGAGUAGACUUGGAGGUGGACACUAGAAGUGUCAUGAGCGACCAGCCCCGGGCUAAACGAGCUAGGAUCAACUCCGCUGCAUCUACAGACUAUGAUUUAGCGCGAUACAACACGAUGGAGGUACUUGCACCUGAAACCACAGUAAUGAACGUUAUUUCGAGUGAAAUGACGAGACCAAGAGGAGUCAUUACCAAACCAAGAAAUGGCGUCAUAUCAGAAUUUGUGGAAAAUCAGGAAACGUAUAAACAGGAGAUAAACAUCCAGAGAUGAGGAAAACACAGCCGACAGAUUAUAUGCAAUACAAAUCAAAAUGAACAUUGUAAUGUCUGGUUUUGGCUAAAACUGAAAGUUUCUACCAUUUCAUGUCGGUAUAAAAGAGGCAAACAGCAAGAAUUAUCUGAGACAACAACAUUGAAGAACAAUCGGUUAAAGCGUUAUUGGUAGCGAUGUUGCCAUUCAUGAGAAAAUAUGUGUAUUGUUGUACUUGAGAAACUAAAAAAGAUGGGGUAUGGAAUCGAACAUAGGAAUGAUAUUUUUGUGAGUGAAUAAAGUUACCCAUUGUGCAAAC